AUGGCGCCCUUUGAAGCGAGGACGACRUGCUCAGGCUGUUUGAUCCGAGCGCUUUCACCUGACCCUCAGGCUGGGUGUGAGCAGAUGGGCCGGGCCGCGCUCCGUUCCUCUGUCUGUGUUUCCUCGCAGCACCAACUGCUCAACCAAGCAGCCGGAAACCGCAAGUUUAAAUGCACCGAGUGCGGCAAGGCCUUCAAGUACAAACACCACCUGAAGGAGCACCUCCGGAUUCACAGCGGUGAAAAACCCUACGAGUGUCCCAACUGCAAGAAGCGCUUCUCCCACUCGGGCUCCUACAGCUCCCACAUCAGCAGCAAGAAGUGCAUCGGCCUGAUCGCCGUCAACGGCCGCAUGCGCACCAACCUGAAGCCGGGCUCCUCCCCCACCUCCGCCUCYGCCUCGCCCACCAACACUGCCAUCACCCAGCUGCGCCAGAAGAUCGAGAACGGCAAGUCGCUGGGCCUCGUUGAUCACGGGAACCACAUGAGCAUCAAAACGGAGCCGCUCGACUUCAACGACUACAAGCUGAUGAUGGCUUCCCACGGGUUCGGCGCUCCUGUUCCGUUUAUGAACGGAGGGAUGGGAGGGACCAGUCCGCUGGGCGUCAACCACCACAACUCGACAGCUCAGAGCCCUCUGCAGCACCUGAGCAUGGCUGGCCUGGAGUCGCAGUUCGGCGGCUACCCAGGUCCGUUGGCGAACAACCUUAGCGAGGUGCAGAAGGUCCUCCAGAUCGUGGACAACACUGUGUGCAGGCAGAAAAUGGACUGCAAGCCGGAGGAGCUCUCCAAGCUCAAGGCCUACAUGAAGGAGCUGGGAAACCAGAUGGAGGAGCACAAGCAGGGGUUAACGUCGCCAGGCGGGCAUCAGGUUGGUCUUCCAUUGGUCAAUCACAACGGCGCCACCAAAAGCAUCAUUGACUACACAUUGGAGAAAGUGAACGAAGCCAAAGCCUGCCUCCAGAGCUUGACGACAGACUCAAAGAGACAGAUUAGCAAUAUCAAACGAGAGAAAUCCAACCACAUGCUCGAAGGAGGUGUGGAGGAGAAGGUGCCGGAAAACAUGUUUACACCGUACGCUUGUCAGUAUUGCAAAGAAACCUUCCCAGGGCCAAUACCUUUGCACCAACAUGAACGCUACCUGUGCAAAAUGAAUGAGGAGAUCAAAGCUGUGCUGCAGCCCAGUGAGAAUCUGAUGGCUAACAAACCAGGGAUAUUCAUGGAGAAGAACUCCCACUCCUCCAUUUUGUCUGAGAAGGGACUCACCGGCCCCCUUAACCCCUACAGGGACCACAUGUCUGUGCUGAAAGCUUACUUUGCCAUGAACAUGGAGCCCAACUCGGAGGAGCUGCUCAAAAUUUCCAUAGCGGUUGGCCUUCCUCAGGAAUUUGUCAAGGAAUGGUUUGAGCAGCGAAAGAUGUACGAGUAUAGCACUACCAGGACCCCACCACUAGAGCACAGGAACAACACGGAAAUGGUYGUUGGAACAAAUAACCACCAAACUCCUCCAAAAGACUCUUUGGCAGCUAGGUCGCCCGUGUCUCUCAUCAAGCCCGCCGACCGCAUCACGUCCCCCUCCAUCGCGGAGCUCCACAACAACGUCAACAACUGUGACAACUCGCUUAGACAUUUGAAGAACCACCAGUUCGGCAGCAACGGCAAGUCCGCCGGCGAGAAGCUGGACCACUCCCGCAGCAACACCCCGUCGCCUCUGAACCUGUCGUCCACAUCUUCCAAAAACUCCCACAGCAGCUCCUACACUCCAAACAGCCUGACGUCGGAGGACCUGCAGGCCGAGCCGCUCGACCUCUCUCUGCCCAGACUCAUGAAGGAGCCCAAGCACGCACUGACCGUCAAGAGCAGGCCGAAGGUCAACAGCAUCACCAUCGACCACAGCAGCAUCCCGUCGCCCCGAGAGCACUUCGAAGAGCCGCUGAACUUGGCCUAUCUCAAGAAGGAUUUCUCAGGCUCAACCAACAAUGGGAACCUUGAAAAAAGCACUAGCCCCAUCUUUGGCAUUAACCCGUUUGCUGCCAAACCUUUGUACACGUCACUUCCACCGCAGAGCGCUUUCCCCCCGGCCACUUUCAUGCCCCCCAUGCAGGCCAGCAUACCGGGUCUCAGGCCKUACCCGGGCAUGGAUCAAAUGGGCUUCCUACCGCACAUGGCCUACACUUACGCAGCAGGGGCGGCUACCUUUGCCGAGAUGCAGCAGAGGAGAAAGUACCAGCGAAAACCGGGUUUCCAGGUAAAUGAGCCACCUGUGAUUUUCGUGAAAAGCCCCAGGCUCUCUUAGACUCUCUGAAAUGUGCUGAACUAAUUUCUGUGCUAAUUAAAAGAGUCAGGAGAGAGAAGCGCUCACCUGAGGUAGGAUGAACUGGCAAAGGCAACAGAGAUAAACAGCUGGGACACCACCCUGAGGUGGGACAAAACCAAGAUGUCAUUAGCAGAGUAAAGGUUUAUGAUAAUGACACAGGAGCAGGAGAUUCUCUCUGAAUCGUAGCGGUAUUCCCCUUGCAGCCUGGAAAGAAAGGAGCAUCAAAUUUUAUCGUCCAGAGCUGGGAUAUUUGUUAUUAAAUAUGGGUGAAAGGCCUUUGUAAAAAUGACAAAGGUGAAGCCCGGAGCAGUGCACUUCUCUAAAAUUUCCUACUGCGGCUUUCGCCUGCAUUUUAAAGCGAGCCGACGCCAAAAUGAGCUUCUUCACUACAUGUGGAUUAAUAAUGCACAGUCUCCAUGUUCAUUACCAGCGAAUGCUGAAGGCUGUUUAACAUAGAGGGAACCAUUUUGAUGAAAAAAAAGUAUUAAUAAUGUUUCCUAUUCUAAGUUAUUAAAUUAGAUUUUAAAAAUACAGCUACAGGCGUUCAGUUCAAAUUGAUUGCAGAGUGAUAGUGGUCUGUUCUUAAAACACCGUCCUCACAUUAUCACACACAUAUUCAUUAAAGCAGGCUUUGGUGACUCAAUAUUGGCCAUUAAGGUGCACCUUCUGAUUAUAAUCAUUAUAUGAGCUUGCAAUUUCAAGAAUGGCUCACCGCGWCUCCUCUAAUGUUGUAAUAUUGUUCUCCAUUAAUUUAAAUUUAAGAGUAAUCUUCAUUAUAAAAGGGGACAGUUUUAAAGGAAUGUGCAGAAUUAACACGAGUUCAAAAUUAGCCCGGGCUAGCUGCGCUUCAUAAUGAGGAAGCUGUCAGUUAUAAAUKGGAGAUAUUAUUCCAGAGCUGAAAGUUUUAUAAGAAAUAAACGCUGCUGGGUGCUGGUAAUCAAAAAUGCAUGAACUUGUAGCAUUGUGUGGAGUUUAGGGCUUUAUAAAUGGUGUCACAGAUGAUUUUUUUAUUGCCAUUCAGCAGCAGAUUGCACAAUAAAAUAUUUACAUCUAAAGUAUCUCUGCUUUCUUUAGGUUGUUUUUUUUUCUUUUAGUUUCCUUGACACUAAAUGUAGCAGUGUAGCCGUGUGUAUUUUAGCUCCAAUGUCAAAUCGACAAAUUUAAAGCUGCUGAAAAAGACAAAAACCUCAACUUACCWUAGAUUUAAAAUUUGAAUCAAUUUGCAAUAAAAUAAUUUAACUCCUAAAGUAGGUAUUUAUUUCAUUUUUGGAAUUGUAAGAAAGUAAGUGUUUAGCARUUAGCAUAUUAGCAUGUCUUUUUAUUCAAAUCAACAGGCUGCCCCUUUUUUAUUAUGUAUUUAUUUCAUUUUAGUAUUUAGCAGCACAUUUUAUGACAUCUGUCUAUAUAUGUAUGUAUGCUGAUGGAUAAUUUUUAGUGGAUUCAGAAAUUAGCAAUUGAWAGAUAGUUAGCAGUUAGCAUGUUAGCAAAGAUGUGUUUCUGUUUAACU